AGUACACUAAAGGCUUCGUGUUUAGAGCAACUCGAGAAGAAUUGAUUCUCAAGGACUUUUCCUGUCUGCCCACUCCACAGUCUACCAUUCAGAAUUCCCUGUUGUAAGUGAGCGUCCAGUGUAGAGGAAAUCAUGCGCAGCCUCGUCCUUCGUAGCUUGGCGAGGAUCUCGAGGCAGCAGUUCUGCGAAGGCAACCAUGCACCAGCUUCAUUUACUGGGAGCCUCCACGGAAACUUUCACGGUGUCUCCAAUCCAACAGCCGCUGGAUCUCAAAAUUAUGGAUGCAGGGAAUAUUCCUCGGGGUCCACCCCUAUUCAGAUAGUGUCUCCGGAUAAUAUUGUGAGAAGUCCCCUACCAGACGUGGAGCUUCCUGAGCGGACCGUCCAUGAGGAAAUAUUCAGGAGUUGUGACUUGAACAAGGAUCUUAUCGCUGUGGAAGAAUUCCUAACGGGUAAAUCGAUCACAUACGGCGAGCUGAAGGAGAGAGCCAUCCGGGUGGCCAGCGCUCUGAGUGGCCUGGGCUACAGCAAAGGGGAUGUGGUUCUGUGCUACAGCAUCAACAACAUCGAGACCGCCAUCCUCACCCUAGCCUGCUCCUGUCUCGGUGUCUGGUUCUCCCCCGCCAAUGGAACCUUCACACCAGGUAGAUGUUAGGGGGGCAUAUAUAUUUAUAUAUGUUGCAUGCUUACCCUUACUAUUUACAUACAUCAUCAUCCUCACCAUCAUCCAUCAUC